CAACCAUCCUUCUGGCCUGCUACGUACUUGGACUAACGAGCCUAUUUACGACUGCAAAAUUCUACAUCUAACUUUCCUCGUCGGAUGGAGCAAUAAACCACCGUCCAUAACAUUCGCAUCUCUGAAUUCCUCGCCAUCCUCUGAUUUUCAACCACUGCCUUUACAGUACUCCCUCUCAGACUCUUUCUCGCUUAUUUAGACUUCCUCUGCCGAUUAACUCGUUGCAGCACAGAUCCCACGAUGUCCUUCAAGCCAUCCAAAAAACAAUUCACCAAACGACCGGCUGCCUCUGCCACCUCCAAUGAUAAGGCAACUGGUCCAACUUUGGCCUCACCUGCCAGUGAGGAUACACCCGACCGGCCCCGCAAAUCCUUUUUUUCCUUCAAGGCCUCAACCAAACGCUCUACUUCUCGACCAGCGGUUAACCAUGUGCGCCCAGAUAACUCUGGCGUCAUACAGUUUCCUUCACUUGGCCAACAGAACCUCCCCUCUGAACCUCCUUCAACCAAUUCUGCAUUUCAACUCGAAAUACCAGUUCGCAACCUCAGGUCCUCCAUACUCUUCAGUCAGCAAUUUGAUUUGAAAAAGCUUGGAACUCACAACGAGUCUCUCCAUCGCGAUCCUUCGCCGACUCCCCUAAUGUCUGAUAUCCCAUCUAGACCUCUUCGCUCCACUACCCGACCAGCUAGCUGGAUGAUGAUGAAUGAUGGCACAUAUGCCCCUCCUAUAAAAGCACAAGUGCAAUCUGGUACAACCAGCGGCCAAGCUGGUCCAGAGACAUUUUACAAUGGGUCUCGUAUCUCGAACCGAUUUGAGAGUAGUGAUGAAGAUGGGCCUUCGCAUCGCUCGGCUGGAAGUGGCAUUCAUCUUUCUCCGGCUGUUCCCCAGCCGCAGCAGUCGGCAAAGUUGAUUGGUGUUUUGGCCGGGUACCAAGUCCAGCCCACACCUGCCUCCACUGUAUUAGCCGCACAGGCCGUGCCGGGACCAGCUCCCACUACUGUAGCUGCCCAGGCCGUCCCGGCACCAGGCCCCACUGUGGCUGCUCAGGCCGUCCCGGGCCGAUUACAGCCUCCCAUUACGAUACAUUCUCAGUCAGAUCCACGGCCCGCUUUGCCGCCCUCUCCGUCUCGUCCGGCUGCUCCAACCGCCAGCCCUCAGAAUUCCACUUAUUCUCCCCUUGCCGCUUUCUUGGGUCAGGCUAAAUCCAACGUCCCCGCAGUUUUGAGUAAAUCGGCCGUUCCUGCUGCACCUCAGAGUGUCUCAAAAGCCCCACUGCCUAGUAGCCUGUUAUCUGCCUUCCUGGGUAGCCAAUCAUCCACGGAAGAAAAAGCGAAAUCGUCCAAUGAGUCUCCGCUUGCAGCGACUGCUACCGCUCGACCAGCCCUAAAGCCCUCUAUAUCGCUCCCCAAAGUUCGAUCAAGUGAGGGGACCUCAUCGGCUCGUCUGAACACUCACUCGGCUGGAUUAUCUCCCGCCUCAGCCCGAACUCCGGCCUCCGAACGAUCCUCUCUGGUGCAAGAAUCAGUUAACGAUGCCGUGUCGGAACGCAGCCCCCCCAUCUCGCCCAGGCCCUCUCCAUCGCCUGUCGGCAAACCUGAUGUGACUACCCCCAAGACACCGGAAGUGAUUUACCCGACUGGUGGAUCUUCACCAGCCGACAAUGAUCAAGCUCCAAAGCUCGAAACGGCGGUCCCUUCGGCUAUACCAGUCCCCAUCUCGGUUGACACUUCCGUCACACGUUCCUCCUGGUCAUCCCCAUGCUAUUCAAGCUCUAUCCGCAGCGAAUCCGUUCUUAAUUCGGUUCAACCAUCCACCACUAGCACCAGUCCCAUGCCGGCAACUUCGGUAUUGUCACAUGCUCCAGAAAAACCAUCUCCAGCUAAGCGUGGUAGGUCCAGGAAACGCUCGGUCGAGAAGGUCUAUCUGGAUUCGUGCUCUCAACACUCUUCCUCAAGUAGUGACAACUACUCAUCAGUCGACGGUUUAGCUGAUACCAAGGAUCGCCACAGAAAAGGCGGUUCUGAUCAAUCCGGAGCAGUCACCGAUCCAUCCUCGGCAUGCUCUCAUUCGAGCUCCCCUCCCGCCCGGAACCUGGAGAAAUAUCGCUCAGCGAAUCUGGAUGAAAAGAAGCCGGUCUCGCAGGCUCAGGCAAAGUCUGAGGUACAUGAACAAGGGAACGAGCUCAAGGCUGAGAAGGGCGAUGAUAACGUCGUCGAGGUCUCAGAUCACCUGGACGAGGCGGCCGAGGGUGAGGAUCAGACGACUCCACAGCCCAAGAUCAAAUUCGAACAAUUGGUCUGCCACCCUGAUAUCUUCCGCAAGAUUAUCUGCCAUCUGGACUACUUGGACUUUUUCUCGCUCAGCCAGAUCAGUCAUGAGUUCCAAGAGGAACUUGAAGAUGAUCCGCGAUUGCGAGAAAUUAUCCUGAAAAGGUAUUUGUCUGGCUUCGGAUAUCGUAGUCUGUCACCCCACUUUAAGAUCGGACACAGACAGCGAGAGCUGGUGACGAUCGGCUUGAAGGAUUUGGCCAACUUCUAUGCUGGCCUGGAGUUCGAGUCCUUGGAAUUGAUCGGAUUCGCCAAGCAAGCACUCAAGCCCAAGGGACUCGACUACCGUACCGCCAAGAUGAUCCGGUCCUCUACCAGGGCGCACAACAAGCUGGUUGCUUACAUCAGAGCUGUCGAGGAGCUCGACCCAGUCCCAGCGAUGUAUCGACACGUCGGACGAUCUGAGGAACCUGUUUAUCGAUCUCAAGUCUGGUCGUACCUCAAGAAAGGGGAUGUGUGUUGGAACUUAGCAAUCGGGGAUUUCGGCAAUGAAGGCAAACUGCUGUUCGAUGGCAGAUUCCUGAGAGAUCUGUUGUUCGAAUUCGAUGAUGUUGGGCAUCUACCGUCAUGGCUAAACAUGUUAGAAUUCCCACCAUCAUACUUCCACAAGAUUAUCUCUAGUUCGACUUCGUCGCCUAUAUUUUAUCUAGACCUAUCCAGUUUCAAAGAAGAGAUUAAGAAGACUUUGCGAUUGAGCGAAGACAAGAUCGAAGUGGCUUCCCCUCAAGCACGAUACCGCGUCCAGAGAUGGGUCUACCGAUCGGUCAUCAAGAUCCCUCAUGGACAAUGGCAGGGCUACGUGGUGAUCGAAGUCGAGGGUACGAGCGAGCACGCUAACGACUUGCUCAGGAGAUGCUGUGUUCAUAGUGAUGGCACCCAACUCCAUGGCGAAUCAUGCGAGAAAAAAGUAGGCCGGGCAAGCUUUGGAUCAGACCGGUCAAUCCUGAAGAAAGGAGAACUUGAAGAGCCCCGUCAAUCGGUCUUCACUAAUAGUAAUAGUAUAUCCCACAAACACCCGAAGACUCUUUUUCGCUCCGAGACUUCACUCCUCACCAACCUUUCGCAGCUUUUUCUCACCCUGCACAUUCUGAAUCGCUCGAAAUCCUCCUCACAUAAUAAUCAUCCUCUCAACCUUGUUAAUCCUUGA